AUGGCUCCAAGGAGGAGUACAUGGACAGUGGGGAGGGCGCGGUGUUCGGAGCCGUGGAGCCCCCAGACGCUCUCGGGUCGCCUCAUCCUCCACGGCCUGGUCAUGUUUGGAAGGGAAUACUGGAGGCAGCCAGCCGUCACACCUUUCAGCCACCUUUUUGGUGAAGCACAGCCCAGCCCCAUCCUGGGCUUCCUGCUCCAGCCCGUCAUCGGCUCAGCCAGUGACCACUGCCGCUCGGCUUGGGGCCGGAGAAGGCCUUACAUUCUGACCCUGGGCAUCCUCAUGCUUGGAAUCACCCUGUUCCUGAAUGGAGAUGCAGUCAUCUCAGCACUAGUCAGUGACAGGUCAUUGAGGAGGAUAUGGGCCAUAGUGGUGGUGAUGUUCGGAGUUGUGCUGUUUGACUUCGCCGCAGACUUCAUCGACGGGCCCAUCAAGGCCUACCUGUUUGAUGUAUGCUCUCAUCAAGACAAGGAACGAGGUCUGCACUACCAUGCCCUCCUCACAGGUCUGGGCGGAGCGUGUGGUUACCUGGUGGGAGCUAUGGACUGGGGUCAUUCUGUGUUGGGUCAGCUGCUGGGCUCUGAGUACCAAGUCAUUUAUUUCUUCUCAGCAUUGACCUGGGGCAUCUUCCUCAGUGUGCAUCUCUUCAGUAUUCCAGAACAACCUCUGGGCAAGGACCGAUCUGCCUCUGACCCUUCACCUCCCAGUGCUCUCCGACUACUGGGGUCCCACAGUAAUGGAUACGGAGCACUGGAGAAAGAGCCUGUCUCUCCUGUAGUCCCAGCAUCUGUACCAGACCUCAGACCUAGGUCCUUCUCUGCUCUGGGGGAGGCCAACUCGGUGACCUCUAGUGCCAAGCAGCCAAACAAGGAGGCCCAGAAGAGGAUGACAUUCAGGUCGCUGAUGAAAACCAUCAUCAGUAUGCCAAGCCACUACCGCUACCUGUGUAUCAGUCACCUGCUGGGAUGGACAGCUUUCCUCUGCAAUAUGCUCUUCUUUACUGAUUUUAUGGGACAGAUUGUAUACAAAGGAAAUCCUUAUGCUGACCAUAACUCUACAGCCUAUGUCACAUAUGAGAGAGGAGUAGAAGUAGGCUGCUGGGGACUGUGUAUUAAUGCUGUGUCCUCUGCUCUCUACUCCUAUGUGCAGCGUUUCCUUCUCCCAUACAUUGGCCUGAAAGGAUUAUACUUCAUGGGCUACUUUGUGUUCGGUAUGGGCACCAGCCUGAUUGGUCUCUUCCCCAACAUCAUUGCCACGCUCAUCCUCUGCAGCGUGUUCGGCGUCAUGUCCAGCACGCUCUACACCAUCCCGUUCAACCUGAUAGCAGAGUAUCAGCGUGAGGAGGAGGAACAAAUGAAGCUGCGAGGAAGCAACCACAGUCCACGUGGCACCGGGGUGGACUGCGCCGCGCUCACCUGCAUGGUCCAGCUGGCUCAGAUUAUCGUGGGCGCGGGGCUCGGCGCUCUGGUCAACUUGGCAGGAAGUGUGGUCGUGGUGGUCCUCUCAGCUUCGACCAUGUCUCUGUUUGGCUGCAUCUUCAUCGCCCUAUUUAUCAGAUAUGUGGAAUGACUCUGCUCGUAUGAAAGUAUUUUAAUGGUAUUGUUUUAAUAAAUAAAGAUUCUGUAU